GAUUCAACUGGAGAAAGGAUAAAGUGUCCAAACACAGAGAAAAACUCCUGCUGAAGUGACUGAUCUCCACACUGUUAUAAAGAUGGCGUUUAUUAAAGAGGAGAGUGAAGAUGUGAAGAUUGAAGAAACAUUCACAGUCAAACAGGAAGAUCUGCAGGAACAAACAGAUCUGAUGGUGCUGAAAGAAGAGACUCAUCAACAGAAUAAGAUGGAAGAGAAACAGUUUGAGAAACACCAAGAAACAACAACUGAUGAAAAACCCACACUGACUAAAAAGACUUCAUCACGACGAAGACCUCGGAAAUCCGAAUCUGCGUGUAAUUUAACUUGUCGUCAGUGUGGAAACCGUUUCAGGCGAAAACACAACCUUCAAAUCCACAUGAGAAUUCACACUGGAGAGAAGCCCUACACAUGCCAACAGUGUGGACAAUGCUUCUGUACUAGUGGAAACUUGGUAGUGCACAUGAGACUUCACACUGGGGAGAAGCCUUACUCUUGCCCUCAGUGUGGAAAGAGUUUUAAGCAUAAUGGCAACCUUAAAGUCCACAUGAGAACUCACACUGGAGAGAGGCCCUACACAUGCCAACAGUGUGGACAAUGCUUCUAUACUACAGGAAACUUGGCAGCGCACAUGAGAAUUCACACUGGAGAGAGGCCGUACACAUGCCAACAGUGUGGAAAAAGCUUCUAUCAAUCAGCAAACUUGGCAGCGCACAUGAGAAUUCACACUGGAGAGAGGCCGUACACAUGCCAACAGUGUGGAAAAAGCUUCUAUCAAUCAGCAAACUUGGUAGUGCACAUGAGAAUUCACACUGGGGAGAGGCCUUACUCUUGCCCUCAGUGUGGAAAGAGUUUUAAGCAGAAUAGCAACCUUGAAGCCCACAUAAGAACUCACAAUGGAGGCAGAAGUUUUACUUGCCCACAGUGUGGGAAAAGUUUUGCUCAAAAGCAAGACCUUGACCUCCACAUGAGGAUUCACACUGGAGAGAAACCUUACACAUGCACAGAGUGUGGUAAAAGUUUCAGAUGUAAAAGUGCACUCAAUAACCACAUGAUAAGUCACACUGGAGAGAAGCCAUUUACAUGUGCUCAGUGUGGAAAGAGCUUCACAACCAAAACUAGCCUCAAGAACCACAUGAAUGGUCACACUGGAACCAUAGUGUUCACAUGUGAUCAAUGUGGAAAGAGUCUCACACGCAAAGACACAAUUAGGAACCACAUGAAGACUCACUCAGGAGAGGAUGGUUUUAGAUGCAGUGAGUGUGGAAAGGGCUUUAAAUAUAAAAAAAGCCUCAACACUCACAUAAAGCUUCACAAUGGAGAUCAGAGUCCUCAAAAUUGAGCCUUUGUCCAGCGGAGCUUAGGGCUGUCCCCCAGGACAGCAUGCCAAACAAGUGCGAACUCUUGAAUACAUGUCAAGUUAUUGGAAAUAAAACCCUUUGAACACCUGAAGAUUUAAACUCAAUAACUAAAGAGGUGAAGACUUUUUUUUGUAGUGUAGAUCAUGGGUCACAGCGCAGUACCAGGUUGUUAGAGUUUCAACUUUAUAAUGAACCAAUAACCAUAUUUUUGCACAUUGCACACAUCCAUCAAUUGGUUGGCACUGAAAAGAAAAUUAGAAAGAUUAAGGAUGAGAAACUGUCCUACACCCUUAGACUGUUUUUUUGAUCAUUCACAUUGUUUGAUUGUCACUCGUGUGAACAAACACCGAUUUGCCUCCAGUUUUGGGCUUUUGUCUGCAGUUUCACAAAACUUGUUGGCAAAUGAAAGUCCACCUAAACUCGGCCGGUGUGAACUCGCCAUGAGGCAAUGACAGUGAGCGACUGAUGCAGACUCCCUAAAACCCUGUUCAGACUACACAAUGCCAUUUGCCAUUUACCACAGAUCAGAUUUGUGUCAGAUUAUGAGAUUUUGACUUGAUGUGUUGUGGUAAGAAAUGAAGACUUUGGUUUCAAAACAAUACACUUUAAUUUUGAUUGACUGAUUUGAGAAAAGAAACAAGUUUUCUUCAUGAAGACAAUUAAACUUUCUGUAGACAACAAGAUACGUUAGUGUGAAAACUCCCACAUUACUACAAAUAAAUCUGUGUAUGGGAAA